CCCUUCUCCUCCUCCUCCCGACCCAAAGCAGGCAUGGAGAUGGGGGGGAAGUGGAGGGAGGAGGAGGAGGAUGAAGAAGAGGAGAUAACCGUGGAAUCACUACGAGGAAAACCUCGGCCGCCUCCCGUCUCGGCCCUUUCCUCCUUCAGCUACGUCCCCUUUCGACGCCAGGACCCCAAAGAGCACAGCUACUUCUACCAGGAGGCCAAGACAGGCACCGUCUCCAUGUAUGACUGCAUUUUUAAAAGACCUCCAGGUUAUAAUGAAAAACUGCACCGAGAUGACAGAGAGCAUGCAAAAAGUCAUGGACUUCAUGUUAACAAAGAGGAAUGGGCAAGACCUGUCGGGGUUUUGGCAUCUUCAGAGUACGGGCGGCACAUAAAACAUCCCGUGGAACAGCUCAGCAGAGACAACGUGAGGGUCAACCGUGUGAAGGCUGAGUUCUACCGGAAAAAUGACAUCACCUGCAUGAAGGAAGCCAGCUUUGGACACAUCGCUCCUUUCUGACGUUUUUACCUUCAGCGAGAUGGGUAUUUGGGUCACGGUACCAGUGGGUUUCUGUUUGGGGAUGGGGAGGGGUAGAAGAAUAAAAGCGGUUUAAUUUAA